UCGCAGAGCUGAGGACGCGCGCAGCGCUGCUCAAGGUCUCUCUCUCUCUCAGCCUCUCAGCACCCUUGCCGGCCGGCAUCUGACGCGGGUGCCAGAGUCUCCGGGCACCUUUCAGUGUCCAUUCCCUCAGUCAGCCAGGACUCCGCAACCCAGCAGUUGCCGCUGCGGCCACAGCCUGAGGGGAUCUGCGGACAGGACGCCGGCAGGAGGAGGGGUGCGCAGCGCCCGCGCAGAGCGUCUCCCUCGCUGCGCAGCGAGACCCGGGCCUCCCUGCCCCAGGAGACCCCAGCUGCCUCGCCAGGUGUAUGGGACUGAAGUUCUUGGAGAAGGGAGUCCAACUCUUCAAGGUGAACUAUGACCACUUUACUCUGGGUUUUUGUGACUCUGAGGGUCAUCACUGCAGCUGUCACUGUAGAAACUUCAGACCAUGACAACUCGCUGAGUGUCAGCAUCCCCCAACCGUCCCCGCUGAGGGUCCUCCUGGGGACUUCCCUCACCAUCCCCUGCUAUUUCAUCGACCCCAUGCACCCUGUGACCACCGCCCCCUCUACCGCCCCCCUGGCCCCAAGAAUCAAGUGGAGCCGUGUGUCCAAGGAGAAGGAAGUAGUGCUGCUGGUGGCCACUGAAGGGCGCGUGCGAGUCAACAGUGCCUACCAGGACAAGGUCUCGCUGCCCAACUACCCAGCCAUCCCCAGUGACGCCACCUUGGAAAUCCAGAGCCUGCGCUCCAAUGACUCUGGAGUCUACCGCUGCGAGGUGAUGCAUGGCAUCGAGGACAGCGAGGCUACCCUGGAGGUUGUGGUGAAAGGCAUCGUGUUCCAUUACAGAGCCAUCUCUACACGCUACACCCUCGACUUUGACAGGGCGCAGCGGGCCUGCCUGCAGAACAGUGCCAUCAUCGCCACGCCCGAGCAGCUGCAGGCCGCCUAUGAAGACGGCUUCCACCAGUGUGACGCCGGCUGGCUGGCUGACCAGACUGUCAGAUACCCCAUCCACACUCCCCGGGAAGGCUGCUAUGGAGACAAGGAUGAGUUUCCUGGUGUGAGGACGUAUGGCAUCCGAGACACCAACGAGACCUAUGACGUGUACUGCUUCGCUGAGGAGAUGGAGGGUGAGGUCUUUUAUGCAACAUCUCCAGAGAAGUUCACCUUCCAGGAAGCAGCCAAUGAGUGCCGGCGGCUGGGUGCCCGGCUGGCCACCACAGGCCAGCUCUACCUGGCCUGGCAGGCUGGCAUGGACAUGUGCAGCGCCGGCUGGCUGGCCGACCGCAGCGUGCGCUACCCCAUCUCCAAGGCCCGGCCCAACUGCGGUGGCAACCUCCUGGGCGUGAGGACCGUCUACGUGCAUGCCAACCAGACGGGCUACCCCGACCCCUCAUCCCGCUACGACGCCAUCUGCUAUACAGGUGAAGACUUUGUGGACAUCCCAGAAAACUUCUUUGGAGUGGGGGGUGAGGAGGACAUCACCAUCCAGACAGUGACCUGGCCUGACAUGGAGCUGCCACUGCCUCGAAACAUCACUGAGGGUGAAGCCCGAGGCAGCGUGAUCCUUACCGUAAAGCCCAUCUUCGAGGUCUCCCCCAGUCCCCUGGAACCCGAGGAACCCUUCACGUUUGCCCCUGAAAUAGGGGCCACUGCCUUCCCUGAGAUUGAGAAUGAGACUGGAGAGGCCACCAGGCCCUGGGGCUUUCCCACGCCUGGCCUGGGCCCUGCCACGGCAUUCACCAGUGAGGACCUCGUCGUGCAGGUGACGGCUGUCCCUGGGCAGCCGCAUUUGCCAGGGGGGGUCGUGUUCCACUACCGCCCGGGACCCACUCGCUACUCGCUGACCUUUGAGGAGGCGCAGCAGGCCUGCCUGCGCACCGGGGCGGUCAUUGCCUCGCCGGAGCAGCUCCAGGCCGCCUACGAAGCAGGCUAUGAGCAGUGCGACGCUGGCUGGCUGCGGGACCAGACCGUCAGAUACCCCAUUGUGAGCCCACGGACCCCAUGCGUGGGUGACAAGGACAGCAGCCCAGGGGUCAGGACCUAUGGCGUGCGCCCAUCAACAGAGACCUACGAUGUCUACUGCUACGUGGACAGACUUGAGGGGGAGGUGUUCUUCGCCACACGCCUUGAGCAGUUCACCUUCCAGGAAGCACAGGAGUUCUGUGAAUCCCACAAUGCCACGCUGGCCACCACGGGCCAGCUCUACGCCGCCUGGAGCCGCGGCCUGGACAAGUGCUAUGCUGGCUGGCUGGCCGAUGGCAGCCUCCGCUACCCCAUCGUCACCCCAAGGCCUGCCUGUGGUGGAGACAAGCCAGGCGUGAGAACCGUCUACCUCUACCCUAACCAGACAGGCCUCCCGGACCCACUGUCCCGGCACCAUGCCUUCUGCUUCCGAGGCAUUUCAGUGGUUCCUUCUCCAGGAGAAGAAGAGGGCGGCACACCCACAUCACCCUCUGGUGUGGAGGAGUGGAUCGUGACCCAAGUGGUUCCUGGUGUGGCUGCUGUCCCCGUAGAAGAGGAGACAACUGCUGUACCCUUAGAGGAGACUACUGCCAUCCUAGAGUUCACCACCGAGCCAGAAAACCAGACAGAACGGGAACCAGCCUACACCCCAGUGGGCACAUCCCCGCUGCCAGGGAUCCUUCCUACUUGGCCUCCCACUGGCGCAGCAACAGAGGAAAGCACAGAAGGCCCUUCUGCAACUGAAGUGCCCUCUGCCUCAGAGGAACCAUCCCCCUCAGAGGCGCCAUUCCCCUCAGAGGAGCCAUCCCCCUCAGAGGAACCAUUCCCCUCAGUGAGGCCAUUCCCCUCAGUGGAGCUGUUCCCCUCAGAGGAGCCAUUCCCCUCCAAGGAGCCGUCCCCCUCAGAGGAACCAUCAGCCUCAGAAGAGCCCUAUACACCUUCACCCCCGGUGCCCAGCUGGACUGAGCUGCCCAGCUCUGGGGAGGAAUCUGGGGCCCCUGACGUCAGUGGUGACUUCACAGGCAGUGGAGAUGUUUCAGGACACCUUGACUUCAGUGGGCUGCUGUCAGGGGACAGGGCAAGUGGACUGCCCUCUGGAGACCUUGACUCCAGCGGUCUUACUUCCACAUUGGGCUCAGGCCUGCCUGUGGAAAGUGGACUAGCCUCAGGGGAUGAAGAGAGAAUUGAGUGGUCCAGCACUCCUACGGUUGGUGAACUGCCCUCUGGAGCUGAGAUCCUAGAGGGCUCUGCCUCUGGAGUCGGGGAUCUCAGUGGACUUCCUUCUGGAGAAGUUCUAGAGACUUCUACCUCUGGAGUAGGAGACCUCAGUGGGCUUCCUUCUGGAGAAGUUCUAGAGACUUCUACCUCUGGAGUAGGAGACCUCAGCGGACUUCCUUCUGGAGAAGUUCUAGAGACUACUGCCUCUGGAGUAGAGGACAUCAGCGGGCCUCCUUCUGGAGAAGUUCUAGAGACUACUGCCUCUGGAGUAGAGGACAUCAGUGGGCUUCCUUCUGGAGAAGUUCUAGAGACUACUGCCUCUGGAGUAGAGGACAUCAGUGGACUUCCUUCUGGAGAAGUUCUAGAGACUACUGCCUCUGGGGUAGAGGACAUCAGCGGACUUCCUUCUGGAGAAGUUCUAGAGACUACUGCCUCUGGAGUAGGAGACCUCAGUGGACUUCCUUCUGGAGAAGUUCUAGAGACUUCUACUUCUGGAGUAGGAGAUCUCAGUGGACUUCCUUCUGGAGAAGUUCUAGAGACUUCUACCUCUGCAUUAGGGGACCUCAGUGGACUUCCUUCUGGAGGAGAAGUUCUAGAGACUUCUGCCUCUGGAGUAGAGGACAUCAGCGGGCUUCCUUCUGGAGAAGUUGUAGAGACUACUGCCUCUGGAAUAGAGGAUGUCAGUGAACUUCCUUCAGGAGAAGGUCUAGAGACCUCUGCUUCUGGAGUAGAGGACCUCAGCAAGCUCCCUUCUGGAGAAGAAGUUCUAGAGAUUUCUGCCUCUGGAGUAGGGGACAUCAGUGGGCUUCCUUCUGGAGGAGAAGUUCUAGAGAUUUCUGCCUCUGGAGUCGGGGACCUCAGUGGGCUUCCUUCUGGAGGAGAAGGUCUAGAGACCUCUGCUUCUGAAGUAGGGACCGACCUCAGUGGACUUCCUUCUGGAAGGGAGGGUCUAGAGACUUUAGCUUCUGGAGCUGAGGACCUCAGUGGGUUGCCUUCUGGAAAAGAAGACUUGGUGGGUUCAGCUUCUGGAGACUUGGACUUGGGCAAACUACCUUCUGUAACUCUAGGAAGUGGGCAAGCUCCAGAAACAAGUGGUCUUCCCUCUGGAUUUAGUGGCGAGUAUUCUGGGGUGGACUUUGGAAGUGGCCCACCCUCUGGCCUGCCUGACUUUAGUGGACUUCCAUCUGGAUUCCCAACUGUUUCCCUAGUGGAUUCUACAUUGGUGGAAGUGGUCACAGCCUCCACUGCAAGUGAACUGGAAGGGAGGGGAACCAUUGGCAUCAGUGGUGCAGGAGAAAUAUCUGGGCUUCCCUCCAGUGAGCUGGACAUUAGUGGGGGAGCUAGUGGACUCCCUUCAGGAACUGAACUCAGUGGCCAAGCAUCUGGGUCUCCUGAUGUCAGUGGGGAAACACCUGGACUCUUUGGUGUCACUGGACAGCCAUCAGGGUUUCCUGACAUCAGUGGGGGAACAUCUGGGAUUUUUGAGGUUAGUGGGCAGCCAUCAGGGUUUCCUGACACUAGUGGGGAAACAUCUGGAGUGACUGAGCCUAGCGGGCUGUCCUCUGGACAACCAGGUGUUAGUGGAGAAGCAUCUGGAGUUCUUUAUGGCAGUAGUCAACCCUUUGGCAUAACCGAUCUGAGUGGAGAAACAUCUGGGGUCCCUGAUCUCAGCGGGCUGCCUUCAGGUUUACCAGGGUUCAGUGGAGCAACAUCAGGAGUCCCUGACCUGGUUUCUGGUGCCACAAGUGGCAGCAGUGAAUCUUCUGGCAUUACAUUUGUGGACACCAGUUUGGUUGAAGUGACCCCUACUACAUUUAAAGAAGAAGAAGGCUUAGGGUCUGUGGAACUCAGUGGCCUCCCUUCCGGAGAGGCAGAUCUGUCAGGCAAAUCUGGGAUGGUGGAUGUCAGUGGGCAGUUUUCUGGAACAGUCGAUUCCAGUGGGUUUACAUCCCAGACUCCAGAAUUCAGUGGCCUACCAAGUGGCAUAGCUGAGGUCAGUGGAGAAUCCUCCGGAGCUGAGAUUGGGAGCAGCCUGCCCUCGGGAGCAUAUUAUGGCAGUGGACUUCCAUCUGGUUUUGCCACUGUCUCUCUUGUAGACAGAACUUUGGUGGAAUCUGUAACCCAGGCUCCAACAGCCCAAGAGGCAGGAGAAGGACCUUCUGGCAUUUUAGAACUCAGUGGUGCUCAUUCUGGAGCACCAGACAUGUCUGGGGACCAUUCUGGAUUUCUGGACCUAAGUGGGUUGCAGUCCGGGCUGGUAGAGCCCAGCGGAGAGCCACCAAGUACUCCAUAUUUUAGUGGGGAUUUUGCCAGCACCACCAAUGUAAGUGGAGAAUCCUCUGUAGCCAUGGGCACCAGUGGAGAGGCCUCGGGACUUCCAGAAGUUACUUUAAUCACUUCUGAGUUCGUGGAGGGUGUUACUGAACCAACUGUUUCUCAGGAACUUGGCCAAAGGCCUCCUGUGACACACACACCCCAGCUUUUUGAGUCCAGUGGAGAAGUCUCUGCAGCUGGGGACAUUAGUGGAGCUACCCCCGUGCUCCCUGGGUCUGGAGUAGAAGUAUCAUCAGUCCCAGAAUCUAGCAGUGAGACGUCCGCCUAUCCUGAGGCUGGGGUUGGGGCAUCUGCUGCCCCUGAGGCCAGCAGAGAAGAUUCUGGGUCCCCUGAUCUGAGUGAAACCACCUCUGCAUUCCACGAAGCUGACCUCAAGAGAUCCUCUGGCCUAGGAGUGAGCGGCAGCACUUUGACAUUUCAAGAAGGCGAGGCGUCAGCUGCCCCAGAAGUGAGUGGAGAAUCCACCACCACCAAUGAUGUGGGGACAGAGGCACCAGGCUUGCCUUCAGCCACUCCCAUGGCUUCUGGAGACAGGACUGAAAUCAGCAGAGACCUGUCUGGUCACACCUCGGGGCUGGGCGUUGUCAUCAGCACCAGCAUCCCAGAGUCUGAGUGGACUCAGCAGACCCAGCGCCCUGCAGAGGCGCAUCUAGAAAUUGAGUCCUCAAGCCUCCUGUACUCAGGAGAAGAGACUCACACAGUCGAAACAGCCACCUCCCCAACAGAUGCUUCCAUCCCAGCUUCUCCAGAAUGGAAACGUGAAUCAGAAUCAACUGCUGCAGACCAGGAGGUAUGUGAGGAGGGCUGGAACAAGUACCAGGGCCACUGUUACCGCCACUUCCCGGACCGCGAGACCUGGGUGGAUGCUGAGCGCCGGUGUCGGGAGCAGCAGUCACACCUGAGCAGCAUUGUCACCCCCGAGGAGCAGGAGUUUGUCAACAACAAUGCCCAAGACUACCAGUGGAUCGGCCUGAACGACAGGACCAUUGAAGGGGACUUCCGCUGGUCAGAUGGACACCCCAUGCAAUUUGAGAACUGGCGCCCCAACCAGCCUGACAACUUCUUUGCCGCUGGAGAGGACUGUGUGGUGAUGAUCUGGCACGAGAAGGGCGAGUGGAAUGAUGUUCCUUGCAAUUACCACCUCCCCUUCACGUGUAAAAAGGGCACAGUGGCGUGCGGAGAGCCCCCUGUGGUGGAACAUGCCAGGACCUUCGGGCAGAAGAAGGACCGGUAUGAGAUCAAUUCUCUGGUGCGGUACCAGUGCAUGGAGGGGUUUGUCCAGCGCCACAUGCCCACCAUCCGGUGCCAGCCCAGCGGGCACUGGGAGGAGCCUCGGAUCACCUGCACAGACCCCACCACCUACAAACGCAGACUACAGAAGCGGAGCUCACGGCACCCUCGGAGGAGCCGCCCCAGCACGGCCCACUGAGAAGAGCUUCCAGGACGCACCCAGGACGCUGAGCCCAGGAGCCUGCCAGGCUGACGUGCAUCCCACCCAGAUGGUGUCCUCUUCUUGUCGAUUUUUGUCAUAUAAGGAAUCCCAUUAAAGAAGGAAAAAAAAUAAAUCCCACAUUGUGUAUGCACCCACUCACCCCUCCAAAUCAGCAAAACCGCAUCUAAUUUGUCCGCCGAAUGCCAAAGCAAAGCAAACUUAUUAUAACCCGUGGACUGAGUUUAGAGACAUUUCUUCAAUUUCCCAUCGUGCCUUUCCAGGGACCAGUGCAGGGACAGGGGGAGAAGGGGAGGGGUUAAGUUAAAUAAAGAAGAUUAUUUUUGUUUCCUGACUUUA